AUGGCGCUGUUGUUCUCACCGAGGUGCCACUCCGGCGGAGGGCUCCGGCCGGUGUCGUGCCUUCGCCGGAGCGCCGCCGGCGACCCCUCCACCAUCGCUGCAAGCCAGACCUUGGAUGCCGUCCACAUCCGCCGCGCUGCCGAGAUAGCGGAGCUGUCGGCGGGUCUGACUUCUCCGCACCCCAAUUUCGGUUGCGUCAUUGCCAAUGGCCGGGACGUCGCAGGAGAGGGCUUCCUCUACGCCCAGGGCACAAAGUGCGCCGAGUUGCAGGCGGUGGAGGCGGCGGGCGAGCGGUGCCGUGGCGCCACGGCAUACCUUAACUUGGAACCCGGAGACUGCUAUGCUGAUCACACCCCCGUCUCGGCCCUCUUGAAAGUAUGAAAGUUUGGUUUUAAUACCACCAUGUAUUAUUCUUCUUCGUAUGUGGGCUGCGCGUGGACUUUCGGCGGUUGGAAUUCUAGCUCCAUUUCGCAAUUUUGAAUACGCCCGUGGGAAUGCCCACGUUAUUCUGCACGUAGUUCAAGCUUGUAUCUCUGGCUCUGAGUGUUAUUGGGGUAUUUUAUUUUAUAUUUAUAAACUUCACUUUUCAGUGCUGGUUAUGCCUAGUUGCCAAACUUCCAAUUAUCAGAAAGCGUUUAGAUUUGUUGUGGCCUUUCCUAGCCGAGGGAUGAUCACAUGCAUAGGUGAUGACUUUUUCUGGGCUGAAUACGUUCUUUGCAGGAAGACCAGCCAAAUUUUCUAUGUGACCAUGAAAAAGUGUCAGUUUUGUUGUUGUGACCACAGUGCAAGAGUGCACAGAAGCUAAGAUCCACCCUUGGCUAAGAAGACAAUGUAUUCUGCGGCCAUUUUCUCUUCUAUUUUUACAUCCUUGAUCUUUUCUAUGAUCUAACCUUUUCGAGCUAAUGUAUGCAAUUAUUUCAUUUACUUCUGCAAUGUUUUUCCUUGUACUUAUGGGGGCAUCUAUUUGUAUUUUGAUAGUCCUUAAAAAUUGAACCGAAUGUAAUAAAAAGAUGGGUUCCAGCCCACAGACGUCGUGUAUCAACAAAAGUGUGAUGUUGAUGUUGGAAUUGCUAUAAUUGCUUCCUUUGAUGCGACUGUUGGUUAUUCUGGUCUCGGUACUUCCUUUUGAUGCCAUUUGUUGCAUUUUAUAUUUUCUUCUGUCCUUGGACUAUUCACAUCGUUAUAUAGAUCGCUUCAUUAAUGUAGCCAACCCUCGUUGAUACUGAAAAUGAUCGUUUUAACUGCCAAAUUCUAAGUUCCUUUUUAUCUCCAUAUAUGUGACUGGUAUGAUGAAUUUAUAUUUUGGUGGGGAUGAGGAAAGCGUAUAAUUUUUCUGAAAUGUGAACUCUCGAUAUUUCUUGAAGGAGUCUGUUUAUUGUCUCUGCAUAUUGUUUUAUGUUUCUAAGAUACCGCUGCUUGCUUGAUCAGGCAGGGAUCUCAAGAGUUGUCGUGGGACUUAGGCAUCCACUACCACAUCUAAGAGGAAAGGCAAUUCACAUUCUAAGAACAGACGGUCUGCAGGUUGAUAUCCUUGGAGAGGAUUUGCAGAACAAUAUUUUUGAGGUACGAAAAUAAAGCAAAUAACUAUUUUUUGAUUUAUCAGGAAUUUUUCGUUCUAUACUCCUGAAAUUUAGGUAGUUUAUGAUCUUUUAUAAUGAUUGUUGAUUUGCGAUAACUUUCUGUCCUUCUGGAGGUCCUAGUUAUAAUUUUGUUUUUUGUCACAGAGUGCAUUUGCUUUUGGUGACGCAUUUCAUCUGUGCAGUAGCAUCAACAUGUCAUUUGGUUUUCAUCUAAUAUUCUUGGUUUAAUGUUAUAGGAGGCUCUGAAAUCCUGCCUUGUUGUCAAUGCUCCAUUGCUUUACAGAGCUGCCUAUCGUCUGCCUUUCUCCAUUCUUAAAUAUGCUAUGACAUUGGAUGGUGAGGUUUAUUCUUAGUCGUUUUCUGUGUCACCUCUUCGAACUAUUCAAUUUUCUUUCCUAAAAGGAUAGUGGGCUUCACGAUACACUUUCACCUUUUGGAGUUACAGGAAAAAUUGCUGCUAGCAGUGGGCAUGCAUCUUGGGUAAGCAGCAAGAAAUCCCGGAACCGAGUGUUUGAAUUAAGGGCAAGGAGUGAUGCUGUAAUUGUCGGAGGAAAUACUGUACGUCGUGAUGGUACACAUUAUUAUUUGACCUAAUCUCCUUCUAGUUAAGUACGAUAAUCCAUCUGUCAGUUUUCCAUGACAUGUUGGAUUCACUUGUCUGCAGAUCCACGGUUGACCAAUAGACUUAGAAAUGGACAUGUUCCUGUGCGCAUUGUAAUGUCACAAACCCUUGAUCUCCCUGAGGAUGCAAACCUCUGGAAUAUCUCUGAUGCAUACACAAUCGUUGCAACUCAAAGGGGUGCUCGAAAGAAAUUCCAGCAGGUUCUUGCUUCCAAAGGCGUUGAAGUGGUGGAGUUUGAUAUCUUAAACCCCAGAGAACUUAUGGAAUACUGUUAUGAUCGUGGAUAUCUCUCGGUACUAUGGGAAUGUGGGGGCAACCUAGCUGCGCCAGCGAUUUCUUCUGGCAUCAUCCACAAGGUAUGGUUUACAGUCAGCUACCCUGGUCUUGGUUCUGUCCUGCAAGACAAACUUUGUAAAGUAUUGUGUAAUUUUAAUCACUUGUAAACUCAUGAUGCAAAGUAGCGGAGUGUCCUUAGCCAAUUUCAGUUAUGUGUUCUCAAUUUUAGUUCUGAAAAGCUAAUAUUUUCCUCUUUUCUUGAUCUGCAAGUAGUGCUAUCUAUUUUGCAUGCCUUCUUGGUGGAGUUUACUCGCCCGGAGCUGAAUUGGUUUUUUCAGUCUAAGCUUAAAUGUGAAUCCACAUUGGACAAUCUGGUCAGUCCAUGGUGACGUUGCAUUGUUGGAGUGUACUUUCGCUUAGAAAUUACUCUUGUUCCUCCAUCUGAUGCAGCCCUUGAGUUGGGGGUGACCGGCACUUUAUUUAGUUUUCUUCACAUGACUGUAUUCUUUCUCGCUGGGAAUGGGAUAUGUUAGCAAAAUGUUCAACACAGUUCAAGGACUUUGAGCAUACCCUCGAGGAUUUAAUUUUACUUCUUUUUAUUGGAAGCCUUGAGGGUUUACUUUUUAUUAGAAGAAUCUUUAAAGGGCUAAUUUUUAUUUUCUUUAGACGUUUCUCUUUUAGUUGAUUGGCUCUCCUUGACUAGCUUGAUACUUUCUUAGAGAAUGAUCAAGUAAUCAUCUGGUUUCCUUAUUGGCCAGGUUUUCUUACCUUAUUUUAAGGGAGGCCUAAUUCCUCUUCGUGAUUUUUUGGCUCUUCGGCUUGCCAGCCUUUCUGUUCAGAUACUUCAGCUUUUUUUUCCUCUUUAUCCCGCACCAAUUCAGCUCGCCAUUAGUUGUGGUAGAUAAUAUUGUGUAAUUCCAAUUUCAGCUAUUGAAUAUAGAGCUAUGAACAUUGAAAGGUUUAAAUGAUGCAAUACAUCCAGAAAAUCCUUAUUUUAUAUUAGCGUCCCCAUAAAUUUCUUCUUCCCAAAAGUUCCAUAAAGGAGCCAAUCAUUCCUAGAUGAUUGUAACAUGUUGUCAGUAGCACAUGAUUCAUUUUUCUUCUCCGGUUAACUUGGGGCUAUUUUGUUGUUUGCUGUUGCAGGUCUUUGCAUUUGUUGCUCCAAAAAUAAUCGGGGGAGUGAAUGCUCCAUCUCCAGUUGGUGAAUUGGGAAUGGUUGAAAUGUCACAAGCCUUCAAUUUGCUUGAUGUCUCAUAUGAACAGGCAGGUGCAUAUUUUUGUUAAUAUUGUUGUAAAUAUGAUUCGAUACAACAUUUCUUACCUGAUACUUUUAAUCCCAGGAUGUGGGAUCAUCUCUCUUCGGUUGUUACACUUACCUAGAAUGCAACUGCUGUGCAUUCUUAGCUCGAUCUGAGAGAUAGAUUAUAGGACUCACUUGUAGUUGGAACAAAAUAUAAAUUGUCAGCUUUCAAAAUGUAUGACAUUUCAUGGGCUACCGUGAUGUGACUUAUUGACUUUUGAGUGACAGAUUGGGACCGACAUGCUUAUUAGUGGUUUCCUCCUGCCUAUUCCAGACCUUUCACCUGUAGUCCCAUCAGCAGACAAAGUUUUGGCACUUGAUCCAGCUGUUGCACUUCAUGACACAAACAUUAUAUUCUUUUACAAGACAUGGGAUCCUUAUGGAGCAUUCUCAAACUUCUCUCCUCAUCCUGUGCAAAUCCCAGAUGAGCACGGUGACUCUUUAACAUGGCCAUCUGUGGAGCACUAUUAUCAGGUCAUUGCCAUAACUAUCUUUCGAUAUAAUUGUUGCCAGAAGUUUCAACAUGUCUUUGACUGCCGAACAUUUUUGAACACUGGUGAUAACUCUAGGAAUAUUCUUCUAUGACACAUCGUCACAGGCACAGAAGUUUACUGGGGUUGAUGAUCCACUGGCGGUUGGCUUUGUUGAGCAAAUAAAGGUUGCAAAUAGCCCCGAGGAAGCAGCGAGAAUUGGAAGAUCUGUACAGAGGAAAUAUCCUAAUCUGGUAUAUGAUCCAUGCACGAAAACUGCCCUUUUUGCAAUUUAGUUAAGCGUUGUGAAAAUUGUUUCAAAUUUACAUGUUUACGGGCAUAUUUGGUAAUUGGAUUGAAGACUGAAGAUGAGUUACAGCCUGGCAUGAUAACCUUUGUGUUGUUUAUGGUUACAAAUGGCUGACAAAUUUCCAAUUUCAUUGGGCAAAGGUACCAUGCUUUAAGUUUGCGUUUUUGCUCUUCUAGUCUUAAUACCAAACCCUAACGCUAUUAGCUCGUAUGUUACCGUACCAAACCCUUUAUGUAUUGACAUAAUGUCCAAGGUAUGGUGUAGACUUAUGAAGUAUUACCUUUUUUAUCAGUCUAUCAUUGAUGUUCAUGCGUCAUUCAUUCAUCACACCCUCAAUACGAUUCUAGAUAAUUUCUUGCUGAAUUCAUCAACCAGCAAUAUUAAUAGAAAAGGGUGCUGUUCUUUCAUUGGUCUGUUUGAAGGUGAUUGAUUUGUCUGAUUCUAUGCCAAGUUCGACAAGAUAUAAGGGUGUGUGAAGGUUUCCUAGUACCACUUAUUAACUAUCAAAUAAAAUAAAAAGGAAAUAUGCAUGUGUAGUCAGCUGUCAAGAAACGUCUAUGCCAGAGUGAUGCUCUACUACACCUGCAUUGUGUAGAAUACGACAGUUCAAAGCUAGCAAAACGGUAGAAUUAAUCCCUUCGUCGUUGCUUGUUCUCUCUAGAAUUGUCGUUUUUAUUUUAAUAUGGCAUGGUAUGAGAUUUGACAAUCUCCUAUUACUCUGAAUAAUAAAUUGUGACUUGGGCUAUAGGAUUUUGAAUAUCUUACUGAUAAUUGAUUUAUUUAUUUAUUCUUCCAUUGUGACUUGGGCUCGUAUCUUACUCCAAAUUCACAUUUUGUUGAAAUUCACGAGAAGUCAGCCGGCAGUGUUCCAUUGUCAUGUUCUUUCUUAUAAACUUGACCUACUGAAAUAUCUACAUUCACAAAUUACCAACCUUGGUUGGGGUUGUCUUUUGGUCAUGGUCUGUUACUAUUGGCAAACAUGGCAACCAAGCCGGUGUGUACUAGUUGGCAUAUCCGUUGUGUAGUUAGAUUUAUUCUCUUCCAAAAUCCAGAUACAAAAACAUUUAGAUCCUCAAUUAUAUUCUUGCAUUUCCUUCCAGGUCCACCCCAAGUGGGACUCUCUGAAGAUUGACGUGAUGUACAGGGCCCUCAAGCGCAAGUUUUCCAUGUAUACCCACUUGAACUCCUUGUUACUUUCAACUGCGGGUUCUGUUCUUGUUGAAGCCUCGCCACACGAUCUCUUUUGGGGUGGAGGACGUGAUGGAGAAGGCUUGAACUAUUUGGGUCGGCUGCUGAUGCAACUUCGGUCAGAGAUCUUGGAAGAGCGGGCGGCAUGA